AACCACUUCUACUAUCUUUGUGUAGUUAUUAUUUAUUAAGAGAUGGUGCUAAAGGGUAAAGUGAUUACAGAACUUGAGAUCCGAUCACCUGCUGCCAAGUUCUUCAAUGCUUAUGCAAGGCAACUUCACAAUUUGCCGAACAUUGUUGACAAUGUACAUGAGGGCCAGUUGCAUGAAGGUGAUUGGCAUGGCAUUGGCUCUGUGAAGAGCUGGACUUUUACCACAGAAGGGAAAGUUACUACAUAUAAGGAGAGCAUUGAAGCUAUAGAUGAUGAGAAAAAGUCAGUAUCAUUCAACAUCUUCGAUGGAGACGUUGGUGAGGAUUACAAGAAUUUUAAGCUCCACUUGCAUUUGAUUGAUAAGGAGGAAGGUGGUGCUAUCACUGUAUGGACUAUUGAAUAUGAGAAGCUGAAUGAAGAUACUAAACCUCCAUAUCGCUUCUUGGACAUUAUCAACCUUGCUACUAAAGAUAUUGAUGCCCAUGCUCUGAAGGCGUAGCAACAAUAAUGCAAUAUAGUAAAUAACUUAAACAAAUAAAAAAGAAUGUGUUCAGCAUGAAGAUAUACGAGUGCUUAAUUAAUUAUCUAACAUGUCAGUGUGAAAUAUGAUUUCUAAAGAAUAAGAAGUUGAUCUCUAGAGUAGUUCAAAAAAAUAAAAGAAGUUGAUCUCUAGCUCCUAAUAUAGGGUGAACAAGGAGAAGCCAAUUAUGUAUUCUUUUCAGUCUGUUAAAUUGAAUGAACUAAAUAUAAGUAUGUUUGCUUCUUUAA